UCUAAUUAAGUUACUAAUCUAAACUUAUAAUGGAAGGAAGCUUAUUGAAGACAUCCAUAUCAACUGAUGCAGCCACUCUGCUUCCAGCUGAACCAACUUUGGAUGAUGCCGGAUCUCAGGAAGCCCUUGAUCUAAUGUUGAAAGCAAGAGAAAAGUUUGCAGAAGGAAUUGCUUUGCUUAACGAAGAAGAUUGGAUCAGCAACAAGGACGAAGAAAAAGCCAAAUUCUGGGUAAGGAAACCUGAUGAGGACGGAUUUGGCUCAAUCAGAAGAGAAGCUAUCUUCAAUAAAUCUGCAGCUGAUGUAGAUGAAUGGUUUAGCAAACAGGCAAAUCUAGUUGAUAGUAGCGAUAUUUUAGAAUCAAGCGAAAUUAUUUCGGAACUCAACUCUGAUUCUUUGCUGGUGAGAAGACAAAUGAAGGGAAAUGAUACUUAUGAACCUAGAGAUCUUGCUGUAUUCUGUAACAGAAUUGCACUCACUGAUGGAUCUAUUGGCCACGUAAUUUUCUCAGUAACUCACGACUCCAUCCCAGAAACCGACUGCGUUAGAGCAGAAACUAAGGUUCACCUCGGAAUCCUUCAGCCAAUUUCCGACACAAGCUGUGUACUUGUGAGUGCUGCCAAGAUCGACCCUAAGGCAACUAUUCCUCCAGAAGUCGGACUGAAGAUGCUCGACAAGCAAUAUGAAGACUUUGUCAAGAUGAUGGCCGCCGUCGAGGCUUAGAGCGAAGGAAAGAUUUUAGAACUUUACUCAUAACCUUUGUUCUUU